AUGCAGCCGGCUACACACAACAUAUGCAAGCCACCCUUAUUUCUUCCUCCCAGCAUUGUUUCUUUCCUCAGUGCUGCUUGCAAAUUGCAAAUUGCAUCCAUGAAGACAUGUUGGAGUGUCCUGAAGAGUAGUAUUUGGGCUGGAAAUUUUGCUGUUCAUGAGAAGAUGAAAGACUUAUUUGAGAUACAUGGACACCCUCAUGGCCUUACACGACACACGUUCUAUCCACCAUUCAAGAUGUGUUCCAAUUCCACCUGUGAUCACACACAAAAAGACUUGUUGCUCGGCAUGGCUGAACAGCACAAGGUGGUCUAUUUUGGCCACUCUGACAUUGUGCAGAUUGCAGAUCACUACUUUGUUGACUAUGGAGUAGUGAGGUUAUGGAAGGCCAUGAUGCACGCUUCCUGUACAUCAGCAACUAACUACACACACAUCUAUAACAUCGCACUUGCAAAUGCGGAGUCCAUGCAGUUCCCAGGCACAAAAUGGUUCAGCAAGGAUGUAACUAUGGACCAUGUCUGGAACACCUUUAUCAUUUGCACACUGCUUGAAGAUUGCCGCGAACACCAUUGUCUCCUCAAUGUUGGUCAGACCAUUAACCAGAACGAGUGCUUCAUCGAGGCGAUAUCAGACAGGAACUGA